GUUCAUUUAAAAUUGGCGAUGCGGCGUGUUAUUGACAUUUAGCGUUGCCCAUAGCCACAAAUUAAAUUCUUCCCUAUUUCAUGUUCAGGAGCUUUUACAAAUUUAUUGGCACGAACACGUUGCAUUAGAUGUAAAAUUGUUGGAUCUACGUCCAGAUAGUGCAUGUUAUGAAAUAACUAUAUUCCUGAGUAGAGCAAAUACAAGCUACGUCUAUGAAAUAAUAAACAUCGCUUACUUACAUGCUGUUGAUUUAAUUCAUUAAAGCUCCUUAACUUACCGCUGACUACAACGGCAGUCAAUUUUUUAUAUCUCGACUAUAAGCUGUAAGAAUAUUAUUCUUCCUGGUGUCAGUCAUCUUGAUUAUAAUUUAUGAUGGAUCCUUCUAAUCAACUAGAUCUCAAGAUCGGUCUGGAUGGCAUCAGUUGUACUGACUUCGUGAAUGUUGGUGAUAAGAUUCUACUUGCAGUCGGGACAUGUAAUGGAAGAAUUCGUAUAUUUGAUUACGUAGAUCGAACAAAGGCGUUACUUCAGAAACGUUGGCAUAAAACUAUUCGAUGCUUGUCUUUUUUCCCUAAAACUCAAAAUUUAUUAAUUUCGGCUUCCAGUCAAAGUGGCUUAAAAGUACACGAUGUGAUUUCUGAAAAACAAACUUGGGCAUGUUUUCAAGCUCAUGAAAAAUCACCAAUAUCUAGUGUUUUAGUUCUAGAACACGGACAGUGGGUUACAGGUGAUGAAAAUGGAAUUAUCAAAAUGUGGGAUGCAAGGAAGUCAGGUCCAGUUUCAGUCAUGACUCCAGAUAUUGAAAAUAAAUUUGAUGAUUUUUUCAAUUCUAUCAAUGAAAUGGCCGUAUCAUCGAAUGAUUCUCAUGGAACUUUGUUAGCCGCAGUUGAUGAUGGAACUUUAGCAGUGUAUAAUAUACGACGUCGACGUUUUGAAAUGUCUUCAGAAACACUUGGAUUUAGUGCACGUACCUUAACUGUUGUUAAAAAUAAUACAAAAGUUCUUGUCGGUACCGAUGAAGGUGUGAUUUCUGUGUUCAGUUGGAAUGAAUUCGGAAAUAUAUGCGAUCGUUUCCCUAUACAUCCUCUUCGACCAUCUAAACAAGGUCAGGCUAGAACAGCUGUUUCUGGUGGAAAUUCUGUGGAGAAAAUAGUCAAAAUUACAGAAGAUAUUGUUGCAGUAGCCACUGAUGAUGGAGUUGUAAGUGCUAUGCAUAUCCUACCAAAUCGUUUGCUUGGAUGUGUUGGAUAUCAUAUAGACACACCGAAUAAUGACACUAGCGGAGCAGAUUGUAUGACACUGUCUAUUCAUCCAACAGAGAAUAUUAUUGCAUCAACAUUUCCGGCUAGUUCUUCAAUCAAAUUUUGGAAUACAUCUAAAUUUAUUGAACAUGCUGAAAAUGAAACUGCAGAACUUCGAUUACCAAAAAAUCAACGAAAAUUACCAAGUACAAAACUUAAAGGUGUGAAAUCACGACGUCUCUGUUUAACUGAUGCCAAUGAACGUAUGGAAUAUCUUGAAGGUUUACUACCAGAAAAACAAAGUAUAUUAUCUUCAAAUGACUCUGAAAAUUCUAUAUCACAUGAUGAUAGUUCCUCAGACAGUAAUGUGUAAGCUUGUAAAUGAUAUGCUAAAAUCACUUUUCAAUUUAGUAAACCAUUCAUUUUUCAUGUUUAUAAAACAUAGAUUGUGAUGUUUGUAAACUCUUUGAUCUGGUUUCCUAUGUUUACAGUACUAUCCUACUCUUCUGUAUAAGGUUCUAUAUCAUCUUUAAAUAUCUGCGCAUAGUUCACAUAUCUUCUUUUUGAUAGACCUUUGUAUUCUUUCACUUUCUUUAAUUUUAAACUACUUUUGAGCAUAGUGAAAAAACUCAUUUCAAAUGAAUAUCUUCAAAGAAAUGUACAUUUGUUAUGAAUGUAUCAUUGGACAACUGUAUAUUGUUUGUAUAAGUUUGUCUUUCAAUUGUUGGUCAUCAGAAUUUUCUACUGACAAA